AUGGGGGCGAAACUGAGAGAGCGCGGCUGCCAACCGCAGGAGGGGGAGACAGUCAGUGGCGUGUGGGCAAGCGCGCAGGCGUGCAGGUGGGCAGGCGGCGCGGCAUGCGGACAGGCGGGCGGCGCGGCGCGCUGGCUGGCGGGCGGCGCGGCGCGCUGGCUGGCGAGCGGCGCGGCGCGCUGGCUGGUGGGCAGGCGGCGCGGUGCGCUGGCGUGGUGCGCUGGCGUGCGCGCCGGCGAGGCGCGCUGGCGUGCGCGCUGGCGAGCGCGCUGUCGUGACGCGCUGGCGGGCGCGCUGGCUGACGCGCUGGCGGGCGCGCUGGCGAGCGCGCUGGCGGGGCGCGCUGGCGUGCGCGCUGGCGGGCCUGCUGGCUAG